AUGAAGGCAGUGGUGUCUUCCUUUCAGGCGGUGGCUGGAAACGGUGCUGCCACGGUUUACACGGCUUUGGCACAGAAAGCCAUGUCUAAAUAUUUCAGGAACCUGAAGGAUGCAAUAAUGGGGCAGAUUCAAGCGACAAAAAAGGCCAUGGGAGAGAAAGAUCCAAUUGCAGCAGGCACCACCAAGGGAAAAACCCUGAGACUGAAGAUCAUUGACCAAGCUUUGAGGCAGCAAAGGGCAUUCCAGCAAAUGAGCAUGAUGGAAACUCAUCCAUGGAAACCUCAGCGUGGCCUUCCCGAGCGCUCCGUUUCUGUUCUCCAUCCUGGUGCAAGUCAACACAAUAGCUCGGUAGUUCCGAAGAGCCUCUUCUGCAAAUCAAGCACUGUUUCAAACUGGUUUAUCAACUCAAGGGUUCGUCUAGCGGAAGAAGAAUGCUUGGGGCGAGUGAUGGACACAUUUGGAUCAGUGGAGCUUGAUUUCUCUUCAUACACCCAGCAGCAGCAGCAACAUUAG